GGAAUGCAACCUGAUGCUUAUGUACAUAGCAGGAAUUAGCCUGUAAAUAGGUGUGGUUGGACUCUAAUAAUCACAGGAUUACACAAACAAUGUUGUCAAUCUCUGAAAAAAUCAUCGAGGAUACAGAAAGAUGGUCCACUGAACAGGAUGAGCAAGAGCUUACAUAUUACCGCCGAUUUGCAAGCCUGCUGGACUCGCUGUUUAACAAAAGCGAAAUUAAGCUGGCUGAUGGCGAGACCGCCUGUGAUAGCUCCCGUGUCCCCAUUGAAGUGAAUAAACGGUUGUUCAAUGUCGAUGAUGUAUCACCCACGUACUCAAGGAAAAUUGAUCUGAUUCUUAAGUACAAUGAUCGCAAGACUGUUGAAUUGUGCUCAAAUGAAUGGAAGCGCAGUAAAGUAAACGCCGAAUUAAAAAUUAAGCAGCAAUCGAAGAACCUUCGUGUAAAUGCAUUGAUUCUGGACAGCCUACAAGCCCAAUAUGGACCAUCAUUUGAUACAAUUAUGGCAAUAGACAUGAUUGGCACAAAUGGGUACCUAUACCAGUUAAAGAAACACGAUGAUUACUUUGUAGCGACACCUCACUCCACCAUUGUUGUUCCGCUGAAGUUUAAUGAUCUUAAUUGCUUAAAAACUCUGAUCACAUCGCUUUUUAGGUUUAAGGAAUUCUAAAUGGCUUUGAUCCCACGUCUGCGAGAGAAGAUCCACGAACAUGAAGUUAAGAAUUGCUUGGAUAAUGUUAGGGUCACUGAAUAUCCAGUUGAGCAAAUGAACAAAAGCAAUUUGAUUUUUUUUAACACAAGGAAACGAAAAAGCAAUGAAGAUGCAAAAGACAGCGGACAAAAGAGACGAGGCUAUUGUUGCAACCAAUCUGAUAUGGCUUGACGUUACACAGAGCGUGAUCUUUCCUAUAAAUACCUUUCCUUUUUCUGAAUUAAAAAUCCAUAAUUUAUAA